AUGACCACAGUGUCAGGUAAAAGCAGGGCCACAAAUGAGAUAUCAGUGAAAGCUCACUGCUACCGCUCUAUGAGGAAAGCAGAGACUCCACACCAGCUGAGAAUGACAUUACGUGAUUCAGAGCCAGUUGUGCUGGUUAACAGCUCCUGCUCCUGUGUGGCUGGUAGUGGGAUGUGCAACCAUUUGGUUGCUUUACUCUACCAGACAGCCCAUUACUAUGAAUCUGGAAUGUCUGUCAUCCCUCCUGUCCUAUCAUGCACCCAAACAGAACCGAAGUGGCAUAAACCACGAACAAUGGGAGUGAAGCCGGGACCAGUGGAUGCAAUGGUGGUAGUGAAGCCCAAACCAGAUGCUACUUCAGCAAGUGGAAUCAGAUCUUCACUAUACAAGGCCUACAGUGGUGAGCUGCCAGACCCAUCAACACUCGACCCUAAAGCUGUCUAUGCUGACUUCAAACCAGGGUCUCUUCCCCUUAUCUGCACAAUGAAUCUCUCACCUGACAAGCCACUCGUGGAGUCAAUUUUCGGUAAGGUACAAGCUGGCAGUAUCCUAUCGUAUCAGCAUCCACCACCUACACCUGAUGGUUUUAUCACCCAUAAGGAUGCACCCCCAUUCCCAAAAGUGCCACCAGAGGGCUACCAGUUAAAGCCAACAGACUGUACAUAUGUGCCUACAAACCAGGAACAGCUGCAUCUCCACUCACUGUCUGUGACUUUGUUGCAGUCACAUCUCAUUCCAGAUGUCAAAGUGCAGGACAUGAGUGGCAUUCACUGAGGAAAGAGAGGGUGACUGCUUCAAAUUAUAGGGAGGUUAGCCUUGUUAGAGGUCCAAGUGCUGCAGAAAACCUAGC